AUGUUCACCAGUGGCGCAGUUGAAAUGAAUCGACAAGCGACAGCAAAUUUGUUAUUCAUCGGACUAGGAGCCGGCCGGUUAUCUGAACUCUUUUCUUCAUGCUACGUUCCCAAAGGACGGAAAUACGACGUGGUAGUUCUGGAUGCGUGCUUAGUGGAUAUGAGUUAUGAAUUCAAUUGUCCGAUUAAGCAGUUUCUCGAGCGUAAACAUUUGGAAAAUGUUUCGAAAUUGAUGACGGAGAAAGGUCCGAGUGUCGUUCUUGUGAAUGUGCUCAGCUUCAAAAUGUUUGAAGUUUUAGCAGCAGAGAAGGUCAAAUCAGUGUAUGAAAAAGUGUUCCGCCACUGUACAGCACAACGGGCCAAGGAUUCACCUCCAAAUAUGGUGCAAGCCAUUGAUCAUGGUCAACAAUCAGGACUCAUCGUUGCGUUGUCCAAAGUCGAGACUUGA